GACCCCGCCCGGUUAAGCCCCUCCCUCCCCCGCCCGCCGCUCAGAGCGGCGGCACCGAGACCCCGGAGCGGCUCCGCCACCGGCACCGGCAGCGACAGCGGCCGCCAUGGCCGAGUACCGCAGCCUGCUGGAGGAGCUGGCCCAGAACAUCACGGCCGAGGACCUGGAGCAGCUCAAGUCCGCGUGCCGCGAGGACAUCCCGAGCGGGGAGGGCGACGCCAUCGCCACCGGCCAGCACUGGUUCGACUUCCUGGAGCGCCACAGCAAACUGGACAGAGCCAACCUGUCGUACAUCGAGCACAUCUUCGAGAUCUCGCGCCGGCCGGACCUGCUGACCAAGGUGGUUCAGUACCGGACGCAGGUGCUCAAGAUCUCGGAGGAGGACGAGGUGGACACGAAGCUCACGCGCAUCCCCAGCGCCAAGAAGUACAAGGACAUCAUCCGGCAGCCCUCGGAGGAGGAGAUCAUCAAACUGGCCCCCCUCCCAAAAAGGCCUGAGGAGGAGGAGGAGGAGGAUGAAGGCUGAGCCCCCAG